CUCCGGCCACCGUAGCUCAGUGACAACACGGCAGAGUACUUUGAUCUGAAUCUGCCUGCUGCUAAAGCUGCUAGCUUCACUGAUCAGUAGCCAGCUCUGCUGUCUAGUUGUGGAUGCGGACAGUCAAUCAAGGCUGUGAUAAAGACAGUUGAUUGGUCUACAUCAAGAGGAAUAUGAGGCUGAAGGAGAUCCAGAGGACUGCCCACCAGGCGUGGAGUCCUGCAGAGCACCAUCCCAUCCACCUGGCCUUAGGAACAUCAGCACAGCAGCUGGAUGCCUCCUUCAACACCACAGCUGCCCUGGAGAUCUUUGAGGUGGAUUUCGCUGACCCAUCUCUGGAUAUGCAGCUCAAAGGGUCACUGCCCACCUCAAACAGGUUGCACAGUAUCGUAUGGGUGAAUUUUGGCAUGGGAGCAGAUGGUACUGGAGGGAGACUGGUUGGUGGCAGUGAAAACGGCACAUUAACUGUAUAUAACCCGGAGGUCAUAAUGAGCUCCGGUGCAGAGGCUGUAGUGGGACAGUCUGACAAACACACAGGACCCGUCCGAGCGCUUGAUUUCAACCCUUUUCAGAGUAAUCUCCUCGCUUCGGGUGCAAAUGAUUCAGAGAUAUAUAUCUGGGAUCUGAACAACUUUAACAGUCCAAUGACACCAGGAACAAAGUCACAGCCUGCUGAAGACAUCAGCGUUGUGUCCUGGAACAGGCAGGUUCAGCACAUCCUGGCCUCGGCCAACCCCAGCGGGAAAGCAGUCGUGUGGGAUCUGAGAAAGAACGAGCCAAUCAUCAAGAUCAGUGAUCACAGCAACAGGAUGCACUGUUCAGGAAUGCUCUGGCACCCUGAUGUGGCCACUCAGCUGGUGUUGGCCUCUGAAGACGAUCGACUGCCCGUCAUCCAGAUGUGGGACCUCCGUUUUGCCACAUCACCCCUUAAAGUCUUUGAGAACCACACAAGGGGGAUUCUGUCUAUAUCCUGGAGCCAGGCCGACUCUGAGCUCCUGCUGAGUAGUGCUAAAGACAACAGGAUCCUCUGCUGGAAUCCAAACACUGGAGAGGUCAUUUACGAGCUUCCAACAACAAACCAGUGGUGCUUUGAUGUCCAGUGGUGCCCCAGGAAUCCUGCCCUGCUUUCAGCCGCCUCGUUCGAUGGGAGAAUCUCCGUCUACUCUGUUAUGGGAGGCAGCUUGAAGGGUCAGCAGCAAAGCACAGCUGAUAAGAUCUCCUCCUCAUUUGAUUCAAUGGAUCCCUUCGGUACAGGGCAGGUGCUGCCUCCCCUGCAAGUCCCUCAGCCUGCAGCAGUGCAGGACACCAUAGUUCCCCCUCUGAAGAAGCCACCCAAGUGGGUGCGCAGGCCAGUGGGCGCUUCCUUUGCUUUCGGGGGAAAGCUGAUAACCUUCGAGAAUACCAAGCUGCCUCCGGUGCAAAGCCCCCAGCCGGUCCCCAGACAAGUGUUUGUGAGCCAGGUUACCACGGAGACGGAGUUCCUCCAGCGCUCCAGGGAGCUGCAGGCGGCGCUGCAGUCGGGCUCCUUCAACAACUACUGCCAGGCCAAGAUUCAGUGCGCCAAGUCAGACGCUGAGCAGGACAUAUGGAAGUUCCUUCUGGUCAACUUUGAGGAUGAAGCCCGCGUUAAAUUCCUCCGACUUUUGGGUUUCAGCAAAGAUGAACUGGAGAAAAAGAUUUCAAAAUGCCUGGGGAAGAGCUUUCAGCACAACGGACACGGAGUAGAUGCCAAAGACCUGGCAGAAAAGAUGCAGCGGCUCUCCACUGAGAGGGCUGAUGUAACAAAUGCGGUAGGCGACACUAGAACUUCUGGUUCAGUUUCACCGGCAGACUUCUUUACUCAGACGCCAAAGGAAAACUCCAACUUCCAGAUCCCUGUGUCAUGUGAUACCGAUGGUUUAAUAAGCCAGUCGCUGCUGGUGGGUAACUUCGAGGGCGCUGUGGAUCUGUGUCUGAAUGACGGUCGUUACGCCGAAGCCAUCCUGUUGUCCAUCAGUGGAGGAGAGGAGCUGCUCAAGAAAACUCAGCAGAAAUACCUAAGCAAUCAAAAGAACAGCAUUUCAAUGCUCAUAUCAUCAGUGGUGACCCAGAACUGGAGAGACAUCGUGCAAAGCUGCGAGUUGGACAAUUGGAAGGAGGCUCUCGCUGCUCUGCUGACUUAUGCUCACCCAGAAGAUUUCGCCCGUCUGUGCGACACCCUGGGAGGCCGAUUGGAGCAUGAGAGGACAGAGAAGCGCUGCCUGCAGGCCUGCCUGUGUUACAUCUGCUCUGGGAACAUUGAGAAGCUGGUGGAGUGCUGGGCCUUGCAUAGAGACUGCUGCUCCCCUCUUGGUCUAGAGGAUCUGGUUGAAAAAGUAAUGAUGCUGCGCAAGUCAAUCGAACGCCUCCGCAACAGCGAGGUGGCGGUCCAGAGCCCCAUCCUGGCCGAGAAGCUCACCUGCUACGCCGGCAUACUGGCUGCAGAGGGCAGUCUGGCCACCGCUAUGACCUACCUGCCUGACAACUCAGACCAAGCUGGGAUCACAAUGCUGAGAGACCGGCUGUUCCACGCUCAGGAAGAGGCUGCCGUUGGACAGCAGCCUCCAAACUCCUUCAACAGAGUCGACGUGUCCACAGCCAAGCCCACUCCUGCUGCUCCGACUCCUGCAACAAAAGCACAAAUUAUGAGUCAGUACCAGCCGUCUGCUGCUUCCCAGGCUGCCCAGCAGCAGCCUCCUAUCUCCUCAUUUUUUACCCCACAAGCUCCAACCAACAGCGGGCCUGGUCUGCCGCCUUAUUCUCAUGUACUGCCGCCCAAUGCGACCCGCCCUGCCUUGAGGCCUCCCUACCCCCAACAUCCUGCUCCGGCUCCAGGUUUCCUUCCUCAUCAGCCAUUCCAGCCUCAGCCCCCUAUGUCCAUUGGCGGACCCUCAGGCUUCCCUCCUCCAGGUCCUUCCAUGCCAGCUGCUAACUUAUCAGGACCUGCGCUACCGCCGCCGUCAUCCACCCCCACAGGCCUGCGCCCCAUGCCCAGCCCCGGGGUGCCACCGAUAAGCUUCACGCCGUCUACCUCUUUGCCCUCAGGCCCCAUGCCACCCAGCUCCCAACACGGAGCCCCAGUUCCCAUGUACCCAGGAGGCCACCACAACCAGGGGCCUGGCCCACUCAUGGCAUCUGGUCCCUUUGCGCCUCUCGGAUCUGGGUACCCACAGGGAGGCCCCGGAGCUCCUGCUGUUGCUCCUCCUCCCACAGGAUACUUUCCCUGGCUGAAUUCCCAGUCUGACUAUGAAGGACCCCAUGAAGGCUGGAAUGACCCACCAGCAGUACGAGGUGGACCCAGGAAGAAGAAGGUCCCUGAGAACUACACUCCACCAGCCCCGAUCAUGACCCCUGUGAUGGGAUUCCCUGUGGAGGCCCCUCAGCCCCACGACCACGCCCAGGUCCCCCCCGGAGCCCCCCAGGAGCCCAGCGUGCAGCUCCUCCAGCAGCUGCCGGCAGAGAGGGUGGAGCAGAAAGAAAUCCCAGCUGAACACAUGGUCCUCAAAUCCACCUUUGACAGCCUGGUGCAGCGCUGCCAGCUCGCAGCUGGAGACCCACAAACGAAAAGGAAACUUGAUGAUGCAGGCAAACGUUUGGGAUACCUGUACGACAAGCUGAGAGAGCAGUCGCUCUCUCACAACAUCCUGAACGGGCUCCACGAGAUCAGCCGCUGCGUGGCGAGCCAGAACUACCAGCGGGGCCUGGAGGUCCACACCCAGGUGGUCAGCAGCAGCAACUUCAGCGAGAUCUCCGCCUUCAUGCCCAUCCUCAAAGUGGUCAUGACCAUCGCCAACAAGCUGGGCGUCUAACUCCCCCGGUGGAGGGUCGGGACGACGACACCACCACCAACCAGACUUCAGUGUUAUCAUAUUGUUAUAUAUGUAUUUAUUUCUUUUUGACCUGAUGACGUGCUUUGAUAAGGAGAAUAAUAACUGAUGAUAUUGCAGAUUGUGGUCUUCAUCACUCCAUGCAUAUUCCUUCCUGGAGGCUGAUUUGGGCGGUGAGGUGGAUUUUUUGUAGAUGUUGCCGUGGUAAUUUUACGAUAAAAUGAAUGUAAACUGAAAGUCGUGAUUCUGUGUAAAUUCAACGGUUGAUGUAAUAUACAAAGUUUGAAUCAAGGCGGUGUUUGUAUAAGUAGUUGCAUUUUCAUCUACACCUGUGCAUAUUUUUUCUUCUAGUAAUACAGUUUUUGAUUGAAUACAUGCAGUGCUCCAACUGCAGAAACGAAACAUCUGAGACUAGCAGCUCCUACGUCUGAGGUAUAGGGGUGAAAAACGGUGGGAAUAAAAUAUAGGUUGCACUUAUCUAUCCUGUCGGUGUAGUUUGUAUGAGGGAGAAACACACCGAUGCUCUUUUUACUGUGUGUCAUAUCGCAACGAGCAUCAAGGAAGCACUGUAACAUUAAAAAAAAAAUACUGAUUGUUCUCUUCACCUGCUGUAACAGGUUGUGUCCAGUUGAUUGUGCCACAACGAGGGGCUUUUGGGCUUAAAGCACUGCAGAAGAAUGCCAUACGGUGAUUGUCAAGUUGCUGUUUUAUUUUAAUUUCUUAGCACUGUUGUUUCCCGAUGGGUUGUGUGAACGAUUGAAUCUUCUAUUCUCGCUUCAGUGUGCAUGUUUCCCUGCUGAGUUCACAUGGCAGCUCAUAAACAAAAGUUACAUUAAUUUAUGUUGAACUGAGAAUGAUCCCUUUUACUCAUCUUUCUACCCCCUCGGCUAAAGUCUUAUCCUUUUGUAACUUUUUUAUCUUAUUUGUUUUUAGAUUAGAUCAUACCAACUCAAAUGAACUGACAACAUAUAAUAUUCUGAGGUUUGUAGCUGGACAUAAAGCUGGAUAGUGUUUGUGUAUCAUGGCGGCAGAAGGCAGUAAAGUGCCUCAGUGUGCUCAUUUUGGUUGCACAGAUAUUUAUACAAUCCAUCAUAUUUGCUUACUUUACUCAUGUCGUUAUCUUUUUCAAAUAAAAGUUCACUUCAUAAGA